AUGGUAAUGGGAAAGGACUUCGAUAAAUGGGCCGCGGUAGAGUCACGCUCUUUAAAGGCCCUAAGAAAUAGGCGGACAGAAGAGACUGCCUUACUUGACUGGCUCACGAAUUACUAUCUAACUACUAUAAAGAGAAAGCCUUGAUAUUUGACUAAGUGCAGAACCAAGAAUGCCGUGGAUAGAAAAGUGAGUGCUUCCUCAAGCUUCACUCCUUUCCUUCACUGCGCUUCGCUUCACCUUGGAGGCAUGAACAACUGCUCUAAGGCGAGUGAGUCUUCUAUCUACGCCCGCCUUACGGAGGAGGAGAGGAGGACAGGGGGUCCCCUUGUGUAUCGUCAAUUGCGCGGUAAGUUUGCUCGGCUGGCGGUACUAGUGGACCUGACUAAACCAUUACGUGUAAGCUUCAUGAUUAAUGGCCGUCUUCAACGUGCUUAUUUAAGGCUAACUCCUACCCCAUAUGACUCCAAGGCGAACGAGCCGAAGACGGAUCGGAGGAAACCCUUUCACGCACUGAACCCAGUUCGAAAUGCAGUUUACGCUUCUCCCAGCUGCUUGACAACACAUAAAGAUCCCUUAACACGCCUUCUAGCGCACUUCCGGUUGAGAAGGUUCGUUAUGGGUCGAACAGAG